AAUCAACGGGCGUUCCUCAAAAAUUAGCACAAAACACGUGGCAAUUCAAAUAACUUGUUCCAGUUAUACGUGUCGGCCAAAAUUUCUCUGAAACGAACACGUAGAUGCUCUGUGUUUUGCUCCUCCUUCCGCAAUAACCGACUAUGCAUAUCCUAUACCUGUGGCAAUUUCUAUCUCUUUUCAUAUUGGCCCUACCUUCAGCCAGUUUUGCUGCUGUGCUGGCAAUCGACUAUGGAUCGGACUGGAUAAAAGCCUCGUUAAUGAAACCGGGAGUACCUUUCGAUGUUCUGUUAAACAAGGACUCAAAGAGGAAGAUUCAGUCUUCAGUCGGUUGGAAAAGGGAAGAUCGUCUGUUCGGUGGUGAUGCCUUCAACAUGGCUUCUCGGUUCCCUUCCGACUCAUUUUCCUCCUUGAAACUUUUACAAGCGGCCCCAUACGAGUCUGAGGCUGUUUCAUAUUACACCACUAUAUCCACUGCUCAAGUAACAGAGACAGUACGGCAUACAGCUGCAUUGAAGCAGAGUGACGGUACAGAGUGGAGCGUCGAGGAGCUUAUCGCGAUGCAGCUUGCUUACGUGAAGAGUCUCGCAGAAUCAAUUGCAGGAGAAAAGGUGUACGAUGUCAUACUCACCGUUCCUGCGUACUAUUCUCAGUUUGAACGCGAUGCAGUUGCAGACGCGAUUGAGAUCGCUGGUCUACGUACUCUGGCUCUGAUAAACGAUGGCUCAGCAGUCGCGGUAAACUAUGCAAUGACGAGGACUUUCCCGACCCCGGAAUACCACGUCAUAUACGACGCUGGUGCAUCUUCGAUCCGUGCUACGCUGGUAUCGUUCAGCACAGAUAGUAAGACGUCCACUACCCAGAUUACUGUGCACGGAGUCGGUUAUGAUCGUGGAGUAGGAGGAACCGAGCUCGACAGGCGUGUGCGGGAGAUUUUAGCGGACCAAUUUGUGGCCAAGCACGCAAAGGACAUACGAAAGGACAAGAGAGGCAUGGCCAAACUUUGGAAGGAGGCAGGACGUGUCAAGUCCAUUUUGAGUGCCAACACUGAAGCAAUGGCACACGUUGAAAGUCUUGCCUUCGACAUCGACUUUCGAUCCAAAGUUACACGGUCGCAGUUCGAAACUGCUUGCGAGGACCUCAAAAGUCGUUACGUGCAACCAAUUAUCGAUGCUAUGGCUAAUGGCAAGAUCUCUUCUGACAAACUUGUUUCCGUGAUAUUUACUGGGGGGAGUACUAGGGUUCCCAUGAUCCAAACAGCAGUCAAAGCCCUUGUCGGAGAUGACAAGAUUGCCUUGAACGUGAACGCAGACGAGGCUGCAGUUUUAGGUGCUGCCCUUCACGGUGCCAGUCUCAGCCGGCAAUUCAAGACCAAAGAUAUCAAAUUGACGGAUAUUCUCGCGCACGACAUUCAAGCGUCGUAUCUCGCUGCACCUGCCGCUGAGGGCGCCAAAACGCGAACUAUCACCACAUUGAUAUUCCCUGCUGGAUCGAAAGUGAACAGUAAGAAGACGCUGACGUUCAAGAGAAAGGAAGACUUCAGGAUUCAUUUUGAUUAUAAAACCCCCGUGGCAUCAGGUUUUCCUACCCAACUUCUGGAAGUCGAGUUCACUGGCGUUGCAGAGGCUCUUGGCAACUUGACUGAGCGCGGUGCCACUAACAAUGUGGUCAAAGCCACUGUCCAGCUCUCAGAAUCCGGUUUCAUCUCAGUCACUGAAGCAAUCGCAACCGGAGACAUCAAAGAUGAAUCUAUAACGGGCAAACUGAAAGGUCUUUUCGGAGGAAGUGCAACGGAUUCGAUAGACGAAGAAACUGCAUCUGCAGGAAGUGAAACGCCUAUUGAAGCAGAUACUAGUUCAUCUUCUUCUUCAGCCUCAUCUUCAUCCGAAACGCCCUCUGUCCCUUCCCAAUCUGCCGAGCCCAAGGUUUCAUUGAAAGAGCUCGGUACCAUCAAACUCAACUUUACGUCGCACUUGCCUACGAUUACUCCCAUGUCGGUGGAUGAGAAGAAGAAAGCUAGAAGCAGACUUCGAGCUUUGGACUUGGAAGAGGCUGCAAAAGUACGAAAGGAGGAGGCCAGGAAUACCUUGGAGAGCUACUUGUACCGGCUACGCGAUCUGCUUGAUGUCGAGAACAAGGAGACACCGUUCAAAAAAUGUUCUCAACCGUCAGAAAGGCAGGCUAUUGCAGAAAAGCUAGAGGAAACGUUCUCUUGGUUGCACGAUGAAGGGGAUGAUGCGGACACCACGGUUCUUCUAGAUAAGAGGAUUGUUCUGGAGUCAUUGGAAAGGCCUAUACAACACCGAUAUCAAGAGAUCGAAGCUUUCCCUCAGGCUUUGAACAACAGUCAAAUGUGGAACUGGAGUACCCGUCUGUUCCUUACGGAAGCCCAUCAAAAUCUCACCAGGGAGACGGAAGCCGGUUUGCCAAGCAAGUGGACUAAGGAAGAGCUUGAUGGGCUCGAGAAGGCUCUCAGAGAGCAUGAGACAUGGUUGAAUAUUUGGGUGGAGAAGCAAAAGUCUGUCAAGUCCUUCGAAGAUCCAGUGAUAGAGACAACAGAAAUGAAGGCGAGGGCUAAGGUGUUGGAGACGCAUUUGCAAAAAUUGGCUAAGAGAAGGGUGCCGAAAUCAAGGAAAACGAGUACAACUUCGUCGUCGUCAACCAGUUCAUCGACCGCCAGUCCUAAUGAGACAGCUGUUCCGACGACAGAGCCGGAGAAGGUAGAGCAGCAGAUUCCAGUGGACGGUUCAGAGCAGGUACCAUUACAGCAGUCUCACCCAGAGGAAGUUAGAGACGAACUAUAGUAUACAUAGAGGACAUAGUAUUUGGUCUUCAUUAUGAUCACAGGUAAUGUAACGUAGACGAUGCGCCGUUGAAUAUUUAUAUUCAUUCGAAUUUCGAUGGUCCUGAUCAUGAGGAAUAAUGAUGUUACGCGAUGUGACAU